AUGACUCAGGUAGAGGGCCUACCCGCACGCGCUCGUUCGUCCUUUCUACCGGUAUUCCCGCUAGAGCUGUGGGAUAUCAUCAUCGGAUACCUAGACGAUGGAGAAUCUGCCCAAAACUUGAGUAGACUGUCUCAAGCAAACCCUGCGCUGCGCGAAAUAAUCGAGCCACGGCUGUAUCAGCCAGUGCGACUGAACAAUUCAGAAAGCGGUGCUCGUCUCGCUCGCACAAUCAAGUCUCGCCCAGACUUGGCCCCACUGAUUCGCGAGAUACAACACAAGAAAGACUCUGGCCACGAGAAUCAUUACACCCGCUACCUUAAGUUCUACCAGAUGAUUCUCGGCCUGCCAAAUUUGGAAACCCUGUUUUUGAGGAAUGAGAUCAAGCGUCCCGAUACUUCUCGCUGGUCUAAUGAGGUCGAAUUUGGCAGUGAGAUGUCCCAGGCGGAGGCGCUUCAGCGGGCACUUCAAGAAGUAUCGAUUAUGACCAUCGGACGUUAUCGAUAUCUGAUAGCCGCACCCUUAGAAGAUUCGAGUUUCAGUCCCCCAACAGAUGAACCACUUUCCGACGAGUUCUGGGAGCAGCACCAUACUUUGUCAGGACUUUAUAACCCUAGUUUGAAGGGACUACCCGCUUUGCGUGUCUGCCAUGUUGGAAGUCACUGCGACUUGAGUGAUACUGGCACAGAGAUCCGUGCUCCGACAGUGAACGGGGUCAUAUUUCGUCAUCCAGGCCUGCGAAAACUUUGCCUCACGGGUUGCGUGCUCACGCGAGAUAAUAUGGCUGGGUCUGGCAAUUUUAGCACAGAGCUGGAGGAAUUGACAGUAUUGAACUGUUUGAUCAAACGCGCAGAUCUCCGGCGUGCGCUUGAAUGGCCAAAAUCCCUAAAGCGGUUCACAUUUAGAACCACAGACACCCUCAACGAGGUGGCAGACGAGUUCCUCGCGGAUUUUAGUGACGCAAUGCUUCCUCAGAAACAAGGGCUAUAUUCCGUGGACUAUGACUGCUAUUGGGGCGGCGAGGAAGAAGCGGACUUUUCUGAGAUGGAAAGUCUCAAACACAUCACGACAACGUUAAGCUCGCUGACAGGAAGAAAUUGUGAGGAGCCGGAUAUUGAAGAUGACCCCAACCUACCCAGAUGCCUCGAAAGCCUUACACUCCGAUUUGAUGAGUACAAAGCAUGGGCUCUCUCGGUUAUAUACGAAUUUGUUAAAAGCGAAAAACUGCCUCACUUGCGUCGAUUCACGUGCGAGGUUCCUGAACCCAUGGAAAGCCUGCCUUCAAUCAACCCAGACAAAAAGAACCCGCCUUGCUUGGAGAUAUGUCAGGAAGGAGAUACAUGGAAAGACAAGUUCAAGGAACUUGAUGUGGACCUUUCAAUGGUCCCUGUUCCAUAUCCACUCGAGGCACCCAAGUAUAACCUCUGCUCUUGCGAACAUCUGGAUUUCUACCAUCGCUUGCCUUCCCAUCCACACGUUCCCAAUCUUAGAAUCCCAUGGGAAGAAGAGGACUCUGAUUGGAAUCCUUGGGCAGACGAUGAUACGGGUGAUGAACACGAGGGCUUAGACGAGGUGAUAGACGACUUUGAGAACGAUGCAGAUGACUUCUGA